AUGGUCAAUCUAGCUACAACGGACAUUUUAGUAACGUACUCCCUUGUUUUCGGAACCUAUAUCCUUGUCCAUUGUCUUCUCGCACCCUUUGUCUUGGCCUUGAUGUAUGAUCAAGGCUUCGAUGGCCAAUGGGGCGCAGGUGCUGGCGAUGCUCCAGCACCACCCGAGGCUCCCACUGAGCCACAGCCUCAGGUCAACCAGCCUCAGACUCAACUGCCCUCAGCUGAGGCUCAACACAUCCACACUCUCCUUGAGGCUGUAGUGGCUAUUGGGGCAGGUCAACAGGCCUUCAUGGACAACAAGACCCGCUAUGGGCUGGCUCUCGAGGCGCUUACACGUCACCUUGACAACACAACAUUGGGCUCUUCGCAGUCUAACUCACAGCUGUGUUUGCGCGGUGUGAAGACGCGAGACCCACGCAUGUUCAACGGUUGCUUGACAGAGGUUGUUUCCUUCCUCCGCGAGAUCCGUGCAUACAUCGACCUGCAGCAGGACCCGAACCUCAUCAAGUCAUCUUUGAUGGCUAUCGAGAAUCUAAAGCAGACUGGUGCUGCUGCAGACUAUGCUAACAAGUUCCAGGAGCACCUCGUGCACCUGGAUCUUAGUAUGUUCACACAGAUCACUUAUUUUGACCAUGGUCUCAAACCCUCGCUCAAGCUUGUGCUCGUCAACACUCCACGCCCAGCCACACUUGACGGCUGGAUCGCUACCGUUGUCGAGGCUGACAAUCGGCUUCAUGAGUACGAGCGUGAGCAGAAGUCCCUGACAAAGGCAGCUGGUAAGCAGCCUGCCCCUCACAAUGACCAUCACGCCUCUCCGGUGGUGACUACCCAGACAACAAUGCAGACGGUGGCCCCUGUGGCCACCAGUUCACACCCGAACAUUGUCCUGAUGGAGAUCGAUGCUAUGUGUUGUGGUCCCAUCAUGGCUGAAGAAAAAGAGCACUGUUGCAAGAAUGGACUCUGCUUCUACUGCGGCCAGGGUAAGCACCUCGCUCGCGACUGUCCCAACAUGUCCGAGUAG